AUGUCGUUUCAGAUGAGUGUGGAGGUGGAAAGGAAGUUUUUAUGCACAGAUGAAGUUCUGAAAACGCUGGAGGAGAUUGGAGUGUGUGUUGGUCAGCGUCAGUUCCACGACCAGUACUUCGACACCUCCGCGUUCAACCUCACUCUGAAAGACAUGUGGCUGCGCAAACGCAAAGGAUGCUGGGAGCUGAAAUGCCCCGCUGAGCGGAGAGAGGAGCAGACCGAAGCCGAGGCGUCGCUGUGCAGCCGAUACCAGGAGAUCACCGACCUGAGCAAAUCCAGUCGAAAGUCAAAGAGCUGAAUUGGAGACAAACUAAAACUGAGUGUGGACGGAGGUUGUGAAUCCACAGAACGCCAGAGGAACGCGGAGGAACAGUGUUUAUCAGAAGACGAGUCCUGGCUGAAGGAGCUGAACUUGGGGUGCUUUGCAGAGUUCACAACGGUUCGCCGGUCGUUCACGGUGGACGAGGACGGAGUACAGAUAGAUUUAGACCAGGCAGACUUCGGCUACAGCGUGGGAGAGAUAGAAGUUAUCGUAUCAGAUGGAGGAGACGUUCAAUCUGCCCUGGAGAAGAUCAGGAAGACGGCUGAAAGGCUGGGUGUGACUGGAGAUCAACGAGUGGAGGGUAAAAUGAACGUCUUCCUGAAAAGACAUCGACCAGAGCACUACGAAGAACUACUGAAGGAACACGUUCUGUAGCCGCUGAUGAGGGAUCAGACCUGGUUCCUUAAAGACCCAGGUUCCAACUGGACUCAGAGACAAGGACAUGGUUCAUGGUGGACCAGGGAUGGACCUGACAUGUAGAUAGAAUGUCCAACAUAUUGAAAGAAACACAAGUACGUUAUGUUUCCUCA